AUGAAAAUUAAAAAACAACAUCGCAAGAAAAAGUAUCUUCAUAAGCUUAAUAGGAAGCGUAUGCAUCAAAAACAAAGGAGUACAGGCGAUGUUAAAUGCAAAGUUUUAAAGGAUGCCUGGAAUAAGAAAAAAUCAUCGUGUAGUAAUCUUCGUGAUAUGGGAUUAGCAAAUGAUCCAAAUAAGGUUAUAUCUAUACCCAACUUUAAGCAAGAGCAGUUACUUAGGGCAAAGAAAAUAGUUAAUAAUGAUGAAUCCGAAGAAGAUGUAGAGGUUGUAAACAGGCGACCUUCUAAAUUAAGAGUAGCUGAGAAAUUGGAACAAGAAGCAAAAGCCCCAAGAGAAAGAAAAUUUAUGUUACCCAAAGGACAAGUGGAAUUUAUUACAUAUUUAUUAGAUAAGUAUGGACAUGAUUACAAAGCCAUGGCAAAAGACAAAAAGAACUAUUAUCAAGAGACAUGGAAACAGUUACGAGCUAAAGUAAAAACAUUCAUGGGAAUCCCUAAACAAUAUGGAGAAUAUUUACAAGCCAGAGGGUUAUUAAAUAAAGAAGACAAUGAAGAAGAGCUAAAAGUAGAAGCUAAAGCUCUAGUAAUGGAUGAUAGUGAU